AUGGGCGGAAAGCGUGGACGUGCGCCUAAUGCAAACGGGCAACAAGAGCGAGUUCGGACACAUCUGCUGUUCUCAAAGCAGACAGAAAGACAGCACCAGAAACGGAAGAAACGAGCACAAAAUAAAUUGCAUCAAGUUACUCAUAAAAAAGACGAGAUUAUACAAACUGGUGCCGGCGAGCUAGAUCCAUCGCAAUGGACUGGCAAUCAAAGGGUUCUUCAUUUUGGUCCCAUGGCACAGAGGGAUCCCUACUUUUACUACUAUCCGAAGGGAUGGGAUGUGCUUUACCCUGCUCGUUUUGGAUUCUUUCCUUACCGUACUACGUGA